AGAAACUUAUCAAGACUAGUCAAAAUUGGAGUAAUAUAGUUCUGUCAAAGACGUGUUUGACAAAACGUCUAAGAGAAAUGAAAAAUAAAAAGCCAUCUUCCUUACCACACUCUUAAUAGUUUUUUUAAUCUUCUUUCGAGGCAACUCAGUAAAAUAAGAUCAUGGCCUCUUCAGCUAGUUUUGCACUCCCCGGUUCUUCCUUUCUUCAUAACAAGGUCAGUAAUUUACAGAAAGAUUUGAGCGUCUCAGUCGUCCCUUCAACCUCGCAACUCUCCAUUUACAAAUGCAAACAACCCAUUUCCAAGAACAUUGUGAUGGCGAUGGAGACGCAACAAUCGGAGCGAAAACCAGCCACUACUGGCUCUAUAAAGACUCCGAUGAGUAUGACGGAAAAGAUUCUUGCAAAAGCCUCGGGGAAAGGAGGGGUGAGAGCAGGUGACAACGUUUGGGUGAAUGUUGAUGUUUUCAUGACUAAUGAUAUUAGUGGCCCUGGUUCCAUUGGUAUCUUCCGAAGAGAAUUUGGGCAAAAUGCUAAGGUUUGGGACCGUGAAAAGGUAGUUGUUAUACCUGACCAUUACAUAUUCACGAGCGAUGAACGUGCAAAUCGUAAUGUGGAUAUCUUGAGGGAGUUCUCAUUGGAGCAAAAUAUCAAAUAUUUUUACGACAUUAAAGAUCUUAGUAAUUUCAAGGCUAACCCUGACUACAAAGGUGUAUGCCAUAUUGCACUUGCUCAAGAAGGUCACUGCAGGCCCGGAGAGGUUUUGUUAGGGACAGAUUCUCACACCUGUACUGCUGGAGCAUUUGGUCAGUUUGCUACUGGCAUUGGAAAUACAGAAGCUGGUUUUGUGUUGGGCACUGGGGCUCUUUUGCUCAAGGUGCCAGAGACUUUGAGAUUUGUAAUGGACGGUGAAAUGCCUGAUUAUUUGCUGGCUAAGGAUUUGAUUUUGCAGAUUAUCGGUGAAAUAUCUGUGGCUGGUGCUACAUAUAAAUCCAUGGAGUUUGUUGGCACAACCAUUGAGAGUUUAAAUAUGGAAGAACGGAUGACAUUAUGUAAUAUGGUUAUCGAAGCUGGUGGAAAGAACGGUGUCAUUUCUGCUGAUACUACUACAUUUAAGUACCUUGAGGACAAAACAUCUGUGCCAUAUGAACCGGUUUACAGUGAUGCACAAGCAAGUUUCCUUUCAGAGUUCAGAUUUGAUAUCUCAAAUUUGGAGCCCUUGGUAGCUAAGCCUCAUUCUCCAGAUAAUCGUGCUUUGGCAAGAGAAUGCAAAGAUAUCAAAGUUGACAGGGUUUAUAUAGGAUCUUGUACCGGUGGAAAAACACAAGAUUUUCUCGCUGCUGCCAAACUCUUCUUAGCUGCUGGCAAAAAGGUGAAAGUUCCCACAUUCCUUGUCCCUGCUACACAAAAGGUGUGGGUGGAUAUAUACACUGUGACUGUACCAGGAUCUGGAGGCAAGACUUGCUCUCAAAUAUUCGAAGAAGCUGGUUGCGACACACCUGCAAGCCCUAGUUGUGCUGCUUGUAUGGGUGGUCCUAAGGAUACUUAUGCUCGCAUGAACGAAGCUCAGGUUUGUGUGUCAACAACAAAUAGAAACUUCCCUGGUCGGAUGGGGCAUAAGGAAGGACAGAUAUAUCUUGCUUCCCCAUACACUGCCGCUGCUUCAGCUUUGACCGGCUAUAUUACUGAUCCAAGACAUUUUCUGCAUCAGAUAUCACAUUGUGUGUGAUUUGAACUACUUUUUAUGUAUAAAUUCCGACUUGAACUCGGAUUGAUGUAAGAAAUGUUAAGAAUAUAGAAAGUUAAAUCCUAUUGGGAUAAAAAAAAAAGAAAAAAGAAAGUGGUGAUGAUUUAUAUAUCAUCACUUUCUCUCUUCUUUAUUGA